CCCACAACACUCUGACCUCUACAGCCCCGCCUACACCCCGCUCUGUACAGCCCCCACCCACAACACCCUGCGCUGUACAGCCCCCUGCUACACCUACACCCCUCAACCUCUGCAAACCCCCACCCCCACACUCAUCUAACCUGUACAGCCCAGCCUGCACCCCUCCCAGAUCUAUACAGCCCCCCACCCACAACACUCUGACCUCUACACCCCGAUCUGUACGGCCCAUCACCUCACAAGACUCUGCACUGUACAGCCCCUCGCCCCACCUAUACCCCCCGAACCUGCACAGCCCCUCACCUACAACCCCCUGCCCUGUACAGCCUCUCUGCCUACACCUCCUGAUCUAUGCAGUCCUGCCCACCACCCCCUCUAUACAACCGCCUGUCCUCCACACUAAUCUCUACAGCCCCCCUGCCCCACACCCCUCGACCCAGCUCCCCAUUCCACACACAUCCUAACCUGUACAACCCAGCCUACACGUCCCGCACACCCCAUCUGUACAACUGCCUGCUUCCCACCCCCUUGAUCUGUUCAGUCCCCUGCUUCACACACCCCAACCUACACAGCCCCGCCUACACCCCAGCUUGUACAGGCCCACACUCUCCCCCACCCCAGCCCAGCAGACCCCCCCACACCUCGAUCUGUACAGCCACACACACAUACCCCUGAUCCGUACAGCUCUGCAUACGCCCCCGAUCUGCACAGUCACAUACCCCUGAUUUGUACAGCCCUGCAUACACUUCUGAUCUGUACAGCCACAGCCCCCACACCCCCUGAUCCGUACAGCCGUGAGUGCACACACCUCUGAUGUGUACAGUCCUCUGCUCCCCAUGUGUCUGAUCUGUACAGCUCUCCAGGGUUUGGCUCCUGUUGUCUCUUCCCCUCCUAGAGUUUUCACCCAGGAGUUGAGAUCUGGGGAAGUGGGGUGCCUCUGGGGCUGGGAGUCCCUUGAGCUGUUUGUCCCUGGGCUGAGGCAGGGUGUUCUCAGCACAGGUCUCAGGAUUUAACCCCAUGCCAUUUGCUCUGCCCAAGCACAGAGUUGGUAAUCUUUGGGGCAUGUUGCAAAACCAGGCAUGUUUACUCAGGCUUUCCUUGAGCGGGGAAUGGGCUCAACUUCUGAGAAUUGAGCUGUUCUCAAUCCUGCAAUGAGCUCCCUUCAGCUGGUCUCCAUGGGGCACUGUGCUGGCACAGAGAUCCAUCCACACACCGCUCAUUGCAAACCUGGGGCCUUAGCGGGCAGACUUCAGAGAUAUAAUGGUUCCUGCAUCCCAGGCCUCGCUACAAGGGGCUGGCAGGGCUCUGCACAGAACGAAGAGGUGACUCUCAGCCCUAGCCUGAUGCGCAGAGCUCUGAGUGCUUUGUGAUGAGCCCUUCUCGGAGGAGGGGACUACAGAAACCUUCCACUUGUGCACUCCUGGAGAACAAGCCCUCCCCUGUGCGUGGCUCUCCUAGGUCUGUGUGAAGGGAUCUCACUCCAAGAGGCUGCUGACGCAGCAGGGCUGUGCUGGGAGAAUGGUCUUUGCCCAGGUAGAAGCGAGCCCUGGGAAGUGCUGGCAGAAGGUGCUGUAUGAGAGGCAGCCCUUCCCAGAUAACUAUGUGGACCACCGGUUCCUGGAGGAGCUGCGGAAGAACAUCUACGCCCGCAAGUACCAGUAUUGGGCAGUGGUGUUUGAGUCCGGGGUGGUGAUUCAACAGCUGUGCAGCGUCUGCGUCUUCGUUGUCAUCUGGUGGUACAUGGACGAUGGACUGCUGACCCCACAGUGGCUGUUCGGGGCUGGGCUGGCCUCUUCCCUGAUUGGCUACAUCCUGUUUGAUGUCAUAGACUUGGGGAUGGGGAGGAAGGAGAGCGGUCGGACCCGGUGGGCGGACUUGAAGAGCACCCUGGUGUUCAUAGCUUUCACCUAUGGCUUCUCCCCGGUGCUGAAGACCCUGACGGAGUCAAUCAGCACGGACACCAUCUACGCCAUGUCAGUCCUCAUGCUCCUGGGGCACCUGAUCUUCUUCGACUAUGGGGCCAAUGCCGCCAUCGUCUCCAGCACGCUGUCCCUCAACAUGGCCAUCUUCGCCUCCGUGUGCCUGGCCUCCCGGCUGCCCCGCUCCCUGCACACCUUUGCCAUGGUCACCUUCGCCAUCCAGAUCUUUGCCCUGUGGCCCAUGCUACAGAAGAAGCUCAAAGCACGGACACCCUGCUGCUAUGUGGGGGUGACCCUGCUCUUCGCCCUGUCUGCGCUGGCUGGGCUUCUGACCAUCUCAGGCGUCGCCGCCCUUCUCUUUGCCCUUCUGCUGGUCUCCAUUUCAUGCCUGUGUCCUUACUGCCUCAUCCGGCUGCAGCUGCUCAAAGACAACAUCCAUGGGCCUUGGGAUGAAGCUGAAAUCAAGGACGACCUCUCCAGGUUCCUCAUGUAGACUCGUCUAGGACAUGUGGCAGGCAGGCAGGACCCCUACAGUGCUACCGGAACAAAAGCCUUCUGCCUUAGAGACGACCUCCUGAGUGCCAGUGUUAUAAAAGAGUCUCUUCUCCCAGAGUGAGACAAACUGCUUGGUACAUACUAGGAACUUCCCUCUCCCCCCGCAAUGUAUAUGUGUAUCGCUCUCAUUCAUUAAUACUAGCUGAGCUCCCACCGCGGAAGUGUGGCGAGAGCACAGGUAGACAGAGGACUGCAGGCAAAUGCCAGCAUUUUAUCCACCAUGUCACAUGCUCAGAGCAGGUCUCCAUGACAUAUGUGGCACUUAAUACCAGCUAUAGGGCACGAGCAUCUUCUCCCCACUAGUGCUGCUGUUGGCUCUGCUGCUUGGGGAACUGAAUUAAUGGUAGCAAUAGUGGGGAAUGUUUUAGCCAAAGUUUGCUGGUGUAGGUGAGGCCCACUGGAAUUGCUGGGUAUUUGGAGAGCAGCUUUUGAAAUCUCUUUGGCAAGCUGGACUUUCUGGCUAUUAAAAGCAUCCAAUCCCUCAAACCUCCCUGCCUUUGUCAUUCUUCUGUGAGACAGCCCAGCGGGAGCAGCACAUGGGGGGCAGCUGAUGGGGCAGGCAGAUCAGAUCCAGGGGCUGUAUUUUGUCUAAGGGCAGAGCUUUCAUUUCUUAGUUCAGAGGUGUCACCGCAGAAGCAGGAGUGUGGGGCAGGCGGGCAGAUCAGGAGUGGGAAUGCAGGAUACCUGACUGUGCAUUGGAAGGCCCUGUGUUUGCUCCCAUUCCAGUGUUACAUGGAAUUUCUAUGUGUCACUGUAACACAACCAGUGAGAAACUCAAGCAGAACACCCUGGCUUUAUCUCCCUGCAGCUUGCAAAGCUGUUGGGUCCGAUGUGUGUCCGGAAACACCCCCAGGUUCUUAUUGUGAUGGCAUCUUUCCUUCUCAGGCUGAUGUAGCGCUGGGUAUUUCCGCCAACAGACAGGCACAAGCAGAGGAAGGGGAUUGUUUGCCAAAGGCUUCCAGCAACACUCUGGCGAGCCAGCUUGGUCUGCUUGGCUGGAACACAAGAUGAUGGACGUGCCUCAAUUGUCUGACCUUAUCGUGCUGCUCCCCUUUGAGUCCAGUCCAUUACCGACUGACUCAGCUGUGGCUAGUGCUGUCUCCUUCCCACGAGAGCAAGACAUCUCGGCUGUAGCAGCUCUGAGAGGCCUCUCCUUUCGCACCUCUGUGCUACCUGUGCUCUGCAGGACUGUUUGUUCCCAGCACACUUCAGCAGGGAUCGCUCGCUCCUUGUCAGAUCCGAGGGCUGGAUUCUGGGUUUUACGCAUUCAUUCAGGGAGAGGCUUAGUUUAAAUCAUGGUCAUGGGUGUAAUUCCCCCAACCCCACAGAUGGGUUUGUUUCAUGCUGCUCAUCCAUGCACUCUUGCUCUGAUGUGUGAGCUCCUCCAUCAGCGAUCUCUGGCAGUGCUCCCUGCAUUGACAGGUUGGUGCUCAGCACUCGCCCUCUGGAACAGCUGUUCCUGCUAGUGCUCUGAGUCCUGCUGGUUACUUCAGUGUUAGGGCAGCGUGGCAGGGAGGGCAUGAAGAACAGACUGAGAGGAGUCAAACAGCAAGAGGGGAUUGGUGGAAUGGCUCAGCUGUACAAUAAACCCCAGCCUCAGCGUGCAAGGUCACCUCCUGUACCCAGAUAGCACUACGGAAAUGAUUAUUACAAUAGAGCCUAGGGUCCCAUUGUGCUAUUGUACAUACUGUGACAAAGUUCCUCCUCUACCUUAGUGGAUCCUGCGCUUAUUUGUUGCAAU